UAGCGAACAUAUUUUGCCAGUCCGCUGGCUCGUCGUUAAAUCGAGGUUCCACUGUACCGGCAGCGAGAUAAAGAGGUCUAGAGGCAAGGCGGUUUGUCAAGUUCGACUGCAAACCUGCCAGUGAAUGAGUUACGGAAUAAUUCGUUAAAAAAAGAACGGUUUGCCUGUCAUUAUCCAGUUUAACAUCAUUAAAAUGCCGGCUGUUUUGUGUUUUUUCUUAGGUUUGAGUCUGUUAUUUUGAAUAAUGAAGGGCGAUAAGUCAAGGGAACUAGAAGAUCCCGUAGAGGUCGGAAAGCGGGACGCAAUGUUUAAGAAUAGCAAGUUUUACCAAAAGCGCAAAAUCAUUGCCCUUGUCGUGGCGAUCAUUGUGAUUGCGAUCAUUAUAGCCGUUGUGCUUGUCUGGGUGCUGAGGAAAAGCAAGGAAAAGGAAGAUGAAGAUGAAGACAAAGGAAAGACUGGAAAGACUGAAUUUUCCAUCCCACCACUUCCCACAGGAGCUCCCCCUGGGGCAGAUGGGCCUUACAGUCGCGGAGUGGUCGCUGCAGAUGCUCCCACCUGCUCAGAGGUGGGCCGAGAUAUCCUCAAAAAGAACGGGUCAGCGGUUGACUCUGCAGUUGCUACCCUGUUUUGUAUAGGAGUCAUCAAUAUGCACUCAGCUGGCAUCGGCGGUGGUGGCUUUAUGGUGAUUUAUAGCAAGGCAAAAAAAGAAGUUAAAGUGUACGACUAUAGAGAACAGGCCCCUGGCAAGGCGAAUCAAACAAUGUAUGUCAACAGCAGCCUCAGCUCCAAAAUUGGCCCUUCCGCAUCGGGCAUCCCUGGUGAGGUUAAAGGAUUGCACGCAGCUUGGAAGGCAUACGGUAGAUUGCCAUGGAAGGAACUAGUGCAACCUGCUAUCGACUUCGCAAAGAAUGGAUUUCGAUUUGGGCAUGCUGCAUUUUCGGCUGCUAGCAGUAGUUCAGUUCUGCCAGCAAUCAAGAAAGAUGAAGGAUUAAGUCAAUUGCUAUUAGACGCAGAAGGGAAUUUAAAGAAGUUGGGUUCUGUUUUAAAAAUGCCCAAGUUUGCCAGAACCUUGGAGAUAAUUCGCGAUAAUCCAGAGAGCUUCUACACCGGUGAAUUGGCCAAGGACAUAGUCAAAGACGUCCAGGAGAACGGUGGCAUAAUUACCCUGGAGGACAUGAAACAGUACACCGUGACAGUCCGUGAGCCGCUGAGAGCAGAAAUGGGAAAUUACACGUGGUACACUAACCCUCCUCCCGGCAGUGGGGCUGUUUUGUCAUUAAUACUUAAUAUUUUAAAAGGUUACAAUAUGACUGGAGCUGACCGCAAAGAUAUCAACAGCUCGGUGCUGACUUACCAUCGAAUAGUGGAAGCUUUCAAGUUUGCUUAUGCUUACAGAGCACUUCUUGGGGACGAAGAUUUCUGGGACGUUGAUGAGAUUGUCGUAAAUAUGACUGACACCGCGUUCGGUGAAAGUCUUAGGCAGAAGAUCUACGAUAACCGAACCUUCCUCAACUUUACAUACUACGGAGAUUUCUAUUCGAGCAUCGGUACCGGAGGGACAUCGAGCAUGUCCGUUAUUUCCCCGGACGGCGAUGCGGUCGCCGCCACCAACACGAUAAACCUUUACUUUGGCUCAAAGUAUCGCUCUACGCGUACUGGUAUAAUUUAUAACAACGAAAUGGACGACUUCUCCACUCCGGGUAAAAAGAACGCUUUUGGCGUGGAGCCCUCGGAGAGUAACUUUAUUGAGGCUUUUAAACGACCCAUGUCUUCAAUGUCCCCUACCAUAUUUCUGGACAAAGAAGGGGUUCCUCGUUUAGUGGUUGGGGCGUCGGGUGGCACGAAGAUAACAACUGCCAUAUCCCUGGUUGUGAUGAAUUACCUCUGGUUCAACCAAACUCUGUCACAAUCUGUCGUUGACCCCAGGCUCCAUCAUCAGUUACUUCCGAUGUACAUUCGUAUUGACGAAGAUUAUCCCAUGUCCCUCGCCAUCCAAGAAGGCCUACAGAGGCUUGGGCACGAGGUCAGGAACAAAACCGGUUACGCAGUCGUGCAGGCUGCAGCCACAAAUCCUGAUGGGAAACUUUACGGCAAAGCAGACCCUAGAAAGCGUUCCUGGGCCGCGGGAUUUUAAGGCAUUUGAAGAUCUGUAAAUGAUCUGUUUGUUAGUAAGUAGGUUGUCCCGUCUUAGAUAGGGUGAAAGGAGAUUUGUUUUAGUAUGUAAUAUGUCGUGAAAGCUAGGACAAUUUUCAGGCAACAGUCAUGCUGAGCUCACCAAAGUUACUAUUAAAGUAACAUAACGUUUACCGCUUAUACUUUCUUUUGUUGAUGAUAGUGAUCGGAAUCUCUCUGAAAUUCUAUCAAAACGGGAGUUUAAGGCUGGCAAUGAUAUUCCUGCGCUUAGUGGAAUGACUAAUUGAAUUUUUUUAAAAAAAUAAGCAAAUCAAUUGAUUUUUAAUUAAUUAGUAGAUAAUCAAUAAAUAAUUAGUAGAUAAGCAAUUAAUAUAUUGAUUUAAUUGGAAAAUCGCUUAGUUGAAUAACGAAUUGAUUUUUAAAUAAUUAAUAGAUAAUCAAUUAAUAUAUCGAUUUAAUUCGAAAAUCGCUUAGUGGAAUAGCUAAUUGAUUUUUAAAAAAUAAACAAAUUAAUUGUUGGUAGGUAAAUAAUUAAUGGAUAAUCAAUUAAUAUAUUGAUUUCUUUCGAAAUUGUUGCAGUUUACAUGAUCUGAUUUAGCUUACUUUAUUCCAAAGUGACACCCAGUAAAUGCACUAAUUAUUUCUAAUCCAAACAAACCUGAUAUGCUGCCGAAACGUAAGGUACGAUCAGUUUUUCAGCGACUUGAUAUCCAAACCAGGUGAUGGGCUCCUGUCCAAACUUAUAAGCCAUUAAAUAUUUUCGCUAGCGUGCGAUUGGUCUAAACGGAUCACGUGACUGAAGAGUCCCCAGCUAAAACUGGGGAACAUCCAGGUGAUAUUCCCCAAAUUUCAAAACCACGCGUGUUGCGAAACCUAUUUGAAGGAUAAUAAACACAAAAGCCUCCAUUUGGCGCGAAAAUAUGCUCCGAUAUUUGUCCUUGGACAUUAUCUGUUCCUCGAGACUCACAAUUUUCCUCAAGCUACGCUCUCGGGAAAAUGUUCACUUCUCAAAACAGAUAAUAUCUGCGGAACAAAUAUCCGGGCAUAUUUCCGCGCCAAAUGGAGGCUAUUGUUUAUAUAUCAUGACAGUAGCAAUUUGCAAAGUGAGCAGUGAGACUUUCCUCAGUUUGGUACUUCGGCACCUAGCUGGUAGUGACUCCCUUACGUGGUUGUGUCUUAGUAUAAUACUACAGAGAUCAUUUUUUUCUUGUUAUAUUUCUCUCUCGACAUUGUAUGCUAACCGGAUUUUUGAAUUCAAAAAGGUGUGUUUUUUUGACAUCCUAAAACAAACGGUUGUACAUUUUUCGUUGAAGUAGUUGUGAAGAAAUUUUAAGAGAUAAUUUGUACAUCAUGCGGCUAAAAUUCUCUAGCAAACCUUUUGUUGUAUUUUCCACGCAUAUUGCAUCGACUUAGGACGCUUUACCUUCUUUUCCCACACGGUAGCGUUUUCUAUUUAGCAUCUUAGUUUUAUAUCAUUUAUCUUGACGAUAAAGGCCCGAGGUUAGCGUAUAAUAGUUUGUUCAACUAAUGAACCGGUGGCCUCUGAAUAAAGAAUAAUUAAAAAUUAA